AUGGAUGACUCGUAUUUAGACGUUACGGCCGACUAUGUCGACGAGUGUAAAAUAACACAAAUGGAUUAUCAUUCGUUCACCCCGUACUCAAACAUGUCUUUAUCAAAUAACGAUGAAAUCAGGAUAAGUAUUUUAAAUAUGGAUUCAUACACUUUACCGUGUGAAAGUUAUAUUUACAUCGAGGGGAAAGUAAAUAAACCUACCGAUGCUGCUGGAGAUGUUCGUUUUUUGAAUAAUGGAUUAGCAUUUUUAUUCUCUGAAAUGCGAUAUGAAAUAAACGGAAUAGAAAUACAAAAAUUAAAAACACCGGGAGUUUCGUCUUGUUUGAAAGCCUACUGUUCGUAUACUCCAAACGAUUUAAAUACCUGGGAUUCAGCGAUGGAUAGUGAAGAUAAUAAAAACUUUAUGAGUAACAAUGUAUUUGCCGGGUGUAUCCCUCUAAAACAUUUAUUCGGAUUUUGCGAAGACUAUAAAAAAAUAUUACUCAAUUGUAAUCAACAACUGAUUUUAAAUCGUGCAUCUACCGACCCGGAUGCGAUACAUGUUGUUGGGGAGGGCGCAACUGCAUCCGUUGAAAAAAAAAAAAAAUUACAAUUGAACUUACUAAGGUGA